UGCGUGGCUUUUUGAUCCGACGCACGCCUAUUUAAGCAGUGGAUUUGGACAAAUUUGACAUCAGUUGAAUCCAAUCGGUUGCUCAGUGAGAAACCCAUCCAGAAUCAAUAUGAAAUUCUUCUCCGUCGUCACCGUCUUCGUACUUGGUCUGCUGGCUGUUGCCAACGCUGUUCCACUGUCGCCCGAUCCAGGAAACACGAUCAUCAACGGCCGCUGCACUUAUUGCACCAUCCGCAAUAGCAAGUAGGAAGAUUCUUGCCCAUGGAUUGGGAAAACUUCAAACUGAAACACAAUAGUUGUAACCAUUUAUGCUAAAGUCCCAAAUUGAAUUUGUAAUGCCAAACAAACAAAUACAUGAAAAGAAAGGAAUUCACUUUCUUUUGCAUUAGAAAAGAAAACAAGACGAGUUUUAACUGUGUGUACCAACAAAAAAUGUAUUUAAAUUUCUUUAAAAAAAUAUGAAACAGGGCUGCGAUAAGAUGUUAAAAAUGUUAUUCCGCAUAAUAUGCAUAGUUAAUGGAUUUCAUUUUAGUCAGGGGCUCUCAAUUAAUUUGCUCGUCCAGUAAUAGAGCUCUAUUUCCCAUAUGAUUCCCAUAUAAACCAGCUUGAAAAUAAUAUGCAGUAAAUAUUUAAAAUAGUUUCCCCCACGUCACUCUUAUUUUUUUCGCUGCUCUCGUCACAACUAUAACUAAGUAGAUGUAUUAACAAAAUAGCGAAGCAGGUUAGCAGAAGCUUUUGAGCUGCACUUCAACCGAGCCAAAAGCUCAGUUAAGUGCGAUGGGUUAUCAAGAGCGGGGGAUUUUGGAAAACCCAAAGAUUUAUAAAUAUUCUAGGGCAUUUUCUAUUACUCCCGUGUUAUUCACUACCGAGAUAUGAAGAUGCAGUUGUAUAAAUAGCGUUGCAGUAGAGGGAUCACAUUCAUUGAUUCUUUUCAAUUGUCGCAGCGAUGAAGUGGUUUUCUAUUUUGGUUCUGCUACUGGCGCUUUUUUCGGUCAUCGAAUUUGGAUAUGCCCG